AUGGCUUCUCCACUUCUUCCGCAGAAAACUCUCCAGCAACAAAUCUUCCAGUCCAAUUUCAUACCUCGUUAGUUUCGUUUAAAUCUAUUUUAUAGAAUUUUUCAUUCAUCAAGCAAGCAAAAAAUGAACGGAAAAGUUCGAAAAAACAUCCAAAAAAAUGUUUAAGCGUUUUUUGAAUUUUUAUCUCAUCAUGCGUAACUUUAUACCUCGAAGGGUAGUUUUCUUUCUCCCCAAAAAGCUUCCCUAAGCGUUUUUUGCACCUUCACUUCUUAUCAUGUUCUCAUUACGUCAAACAAGGAACUGACCAAAGAAAAAACGUACAGAAGAAGCCAUAAAAUUAGAGCGUCAAUUUGCUCGGUUUUACGACCCCCAGGGGGUGGACUUUGUGCCCGAAUGUCAUUGUUUGGAACUCAAUGUGGGUUUCGAAAUUAAUUUGGAAACAUGAAAAUUGAUUUCAGAGAGAGAGAAAAAGUCUAAUAAAAACAAAGAAAUUGAUCAUGUUUCCUAUUUAAAGUUAAUAUGACGUCAAUGAAAACUUACCGAUUUUGGAAAAUCCUUGCAAGAUUUUUUAAGUUUUCUUGAAAAUUGAUAAAGUGGUCACUUUACUCCCAAAACCCUGGAGGAGGUACUAGAAUCUGAAUGAGGAAAAAAGAGAAGUAACGGGUCAAAUAGAAAUGUCUUUAAUCACUAGAUUUUGAAACAGAUAACCUAUGUUCCCGUUAGAAUUUCUCAUUUCUUAGGCUGCAAUUUGAAAAGUCUGGCUUGUCUGCACUCUCUUCUCCCUCAUUGGUGAGGAACACGGAAGCUGGUGAGAGAAAAGAGGGAGCAGAGAAGGCAGACUCUUAUUGUCUGUUCAGAUUUUGAAUGUCAAGUUCAAGGACGUCAUUGGAGGACGCUCUGUGGAUGGCUCGCUCUCUGAUUGGUUUAUCGAGCCAUUAGGGGCGGAGCUUGAGCGAUGAUUUGACAUUCAAAAUCUGAACAGACUAUAUACGACCUUGAACUAAAGGUCAAAAGAAUGAUAAAAUGACGUCACAAAUAACCAAAAAAGUCACGUCAUCUUUCUUUUUCCAGCCUUCUGGUCAUUGAAGUCGUUACGAUUCGAGAUGGCCUUGUUAAUUUCCUCGUCGAUGGUCGUGAUGAGCCUGAUGCGAAACGCGAUGAGCAUGGCCAUGGUGGCAAUCGUCAAGAAGUAUGACGUCAUUUGAUGAUUUAUGACGUCAUUCGAGAACUUCUUCAGCAACGUGACGUCGGUCGAUGAUCAGGAUGAAUUCACGAUGGACUGGACGGGAGAUGAACAAGCGCGAAUCCACACGGCCUUUUACGUUGGAGCACUCUUGGCCGUUUUUCCCUCAGAAGCUAUCACUCAAAGGUUAUCCAAUAUCUGAAAUCAGCUUUUUUGGAUAAAGCAUGAUUGAAAAGAGGCUGAUUCACGGAGACAAAUUAUAGGACGUUUCGCGACAGCUUGUCAAGAUUUUUUUUCUCCGAGCUAGGGAAUUUUUCCGUUCAAAGCGCCCAGGAUGUUUCUUUGUCUGCGUCUUUUUUUUGGCCUAAAAUAUCCGUUAUAUUAAAGGCGCAGGCCGACUUAAGCAUCGAGGGUUCCGUAGCUCAGAGGAAAAGGAAAAUCGUGACAAGCCUGCGCGGAACGGGCCGAACAAUGACGUCAUUCGAGAACGCUCUGUGAAAGGGUCGCUCUGUGAUUGGUUCAUCGACCCAUAAAUGCGGAGCUUACGACUUCAAAAAUCUUGAUUACUUGAUUCAAACAGAAAUCGAUUUUCUAAUUCCAUUUUUCAGAAUCGGCGCCAAGAACCUCCUAUCCCUGUCGAUGUUGAUCAACAUACUCGGCUCGUUUUUGACGCCUUUAUUAGCCAUUUUCCUGCGAAAUUAUCUUUUCGUGGCGGGUAUUCGGCUGGUGAUGGGUGUCGGGAAUGGUGAACUAUUGAUAAUCUUGAAAAAGUCAUGAAAAAAAGAGAUUUCGGAGAGUGAGCUUCAAACCGAAAUCUUAGGGAAACAUAAAAGGAAAUAAUGUCCUCGAAGGUCUGUGUGAUUUGCAAAAAUCUCUUUCUGUUCUCUAAAAAAAAAUCCCCCCCCCCUUUCCCCAAAUGAAAGUUCCACUCCAAAAAUCCUCAAAAAAAAGCCAGGACUUUCUUCAGGGUUCAUAAUUCCCUGCGGCUCUGUCGUGAUUUCCAAAUGGUUCCCGAUCAACGAGAAAAGCACGGCGAUGGCGAUUUUCACAACUGGUAAGGUAUUGGAAAAAGUGGAGACGAGAGUUCAGUCAAAGUUGAGGAAAUCAACUGGGAAUCGCCGCCUCGAUGCUCCUCACCGCCAAGUUCUGCGAGGUCGACUUUUUCGGCGGCUGGCCCUUGGCAUUUUUUGCCUUUGGUGGGGUCUAUCUUAGUAUAGGGAAAUCUCGAACUCGUAAUAUAAUAUAUUGUAAUGAAAAAAAUCCUUUUCUGUCAAAAAAAUAAGGAAAAAGCUACCGUACUAACAGCUUUGUCUUGCUCGCUUCGCUUCGAGACCGGAACAAAAAAAGCCAUUUGGAAAAAAAUUCCGAUUUUCGGUCGAAAUCUCACAUUACGUGAUAAUAAGAAAAAAAGCUCACUAGUCAGAAAUCGAAAAAAAUGAUCUAUAAUUUCAAAAGAAUUUUCCAAUCUUAGCCAACUUGACCGAAAAUCUAAAGCUCAUAAAAGUUAAAAAAUCAUUAAAACUGUAAAAAGCAGAAAAAAAUCCUUGAAAAAUGAACUGGAAACUUUUUAGCUUGCUUUUUGAACGUGCUGAUAAGUUUCUCGAAAGUGCGCUCCACGGGUAAUUUUUUCGUGCUUUUUCCACAUGCUCAUUCAAAAGCUCUUUCAUCAGGAUUUAUUUUUGAAGCUUUGAUUUUGUCAAGCCUCUGACGUCGAAAUGAAUUUUAGGCGUUUUCGGCACCGGAUUCCUUCUGAUUUGGCAUUUUCGAGCUGCGGACAAGCCAAGGAACUCACAAUUUAUUACUGCCGUCGAGUUGGAAUAUAUUCAUGGUAAUUAGCGAUCCCCUAAGUGUUUUUAGCGUUUUUAGUGCUCAAAUAAGGAUAUUCCUUAAUACCAUUUUUUCUCUUGAUCUCUGGACAAAAAACGGUUUCAUCAUGAAAUCGAGUUUAUGAAUUUUAUCUCCAAGAAAAAAACGUCCAAAAAUUUUUUGAUUUUUUGAGAUAUCCAAAAAAUAUUUUUAAGAAAAGUUUUACGAUGAAUCAAUAAGAAAUGGAAAAUUGCUUUAGAUAAAAGGCCUAAGUGAAACGUACGUCUAAUAAGUUUUACAAUAUUCAAAAAAGACGUCAAUUAAAAAACUCCAGAAAGGUAAAUUAAAGAAUCCUAUAAGGACUGCGGGAUCCUUAGUAGUGAGAGAGAACAAAGUCUUUUUUUGCAAUUUUAAAGUUUUCAUUCAUAUUUUAAAAGGUCAUUCUCCACGGCUUUCAACUUUCUAACCUGCCUGCGCUCUCUUUUCUCUCAUAUAACAUGAUAACAUCAGAGAAAGAAGAGCACAGACAAGCCAGAGACAGCUCAAAGUUCGUCGUGUAUCGGGUUUUGAGUAGCUCAAUCGAGAAUUAGUAUAUUUUAUUCGAAAGGUUGAUGUUCAGGCGGGAAAGCGCGACGAAGGCGAGCGAAUACAGUAAUCCGACCAACUCCCUACCUGAAGAUCUUACUCAACGGCUGUGUCAACGCCAUCUGUCUUUGCUCUUUCGCCCAGAGCUUCGUCUUAGUCGCUUUGGUCACCUACUUGCCGAAAUACUACCAGAUCGCCAUGAAUAUGAACUUGUCCAAGGUCUGGGAACAUUCCAUUUUUCCUUCUUUGGAUAUCGUUUGCAUGCGAAGCGGUCGCGAUGCGUUGUGGCGCCAUUUCAGAUUUCUCCCUUCCGCCAUUUCAGAUUUCUCCCUUCAUCAAAAUUAAGUUAAUUUACAUCAAAUACCUCUCCAAGAAGAUUUCUUGUCAUUUUUUUCGAUUUAAUUGAGAUGAUUUCAAAAAAAAUUUUUUGGAUAGGCGCCGAAAACGCAUCGCGGCUGAGUUGCAACCCUUCUUGGUAAAGAAAAAAAUGGGAUUUGUUUUCCAGAACGGAAUUUGGUCGGCAGUACCGUUUGCCAGUCAGAUGAUCACAAAAUUGGUCUUCGGAAUCGCGGCGGAUCGAAUAAAACAGAGAAAAGUGAGCGUGACGAUCGUCACCAAGGCCUCCAAUGCCAUUGGUAAGAUUUUCUCACCAGGGAAUGUUCUCAAAUCACAGUGGGACUUCUGAAUGGGGCUCAAUAGAUGUAGUUUCUUACGCUGAUUCUGAAUCUGUGCUCAAAAGUUGCCCUCGAGGCCUGUGAAUGAAGUUAGGGGCUCUCAAAAUCGAAAAUUUCGACUCCGAUUGAGCUCCUUUUUGGAGGGUAUAUACUCAAAAUUGAGUAGUUUCAUUAUUUUAUAACCAUUUUUGUUUCAAAAAGGCUAGAAUAGGGUUUUGAAAGGAAAUCCACAUUUUUCUUCGAAUAAAAAGUUAAUUUUCAGCAAGUUUCGGCACGGCGGCUUGCAUUCUGAUAGUAUGUCUAUUGCCGAUAGAGCAAACGGAGCUCAUAAUGUUCUUCAUGUGUUCUUCGAUGGCCCUUUUCUCGGCCUACGUUCCCGGAUACAAUACGAGCAUCGUUUCUGUGGCCCCGCAGGUAUGGGAAGUAGUACUUUGAAACCAAUAGGAACAGAUGAGUCGGCAGUAAAAAAUUAACGUAGCUUCAAGGAGUUUCUCAAUUUUUGGCUGUCUAAAAUCUUUUUCGUUGGAGCGAGCUUUCUAAAACAAAAAAAGCUACCUGAAAAAAUACUAUAAUAAGCGCGAAAUGUUUAAACACAGCUGUAAAAUUACUACGAUGGCCAAAAGUUACUUGAAGUCAUUAAAAACAUAAAUAAGCAAAAUGAGCCUCAAAAUUGAAGUAGCUCCAAUGAAUUUGUCGAAUUUUUGCUAAUUAUUUCCUUCCUAAAGUAAAAAAAUCUGAAUCAGAGCGUUGGAGCGAGCUUUCGUGAACCAAAAUAGCUUUUUCAAUUUUCACCUGAUUGAUGUCUUUUUUGGCCAAAUCAAUGGCGAAGUUCGUUGGAGCGAGCUUUCUGAAUAAAACGAGCUACUCGGAAAAGUUUUAUAAUGAAGAGAAGGUCACUUUUAUGAAGCUAAAAAAAACUACCGUAACCAGAGCUUUAAGACUCUUGACUUUAAAAAAACAGGUUUCAAAGCGAAAUUUAGCAUACUGUCCUUUUUUCGGAUAAAAAGGUCAGAAGCUCGCAUGAAAUGUCUUAUGAAUGAAUUUUUGGAAAUUUUUACUUCAUUAUGCUAACUUCUAAUUUUGAUUUUGAAGUUCACCGCCUUCAUCUCGUCCUACGCUCAAAUCUACUCACAGAUGGCUAGUACCUUGGCUCCGUUGGUUAUUGGACUUCUCACGAAAAACGUUAGGAAAAUCAUUGAAUCACAUUUUUAUCAAGAAAUUUCCUAGGGAACUGUCGAGGAAUGGAAUAUAUCGUUCUACAUGCUCGUCUGUGUGUUGGUCUUCACCGGAUUGGCUUUUCAGAUCUUUGGACAUGGUUCGUUUCGAAUCGUUUUCCUUCGCCUUGCGCCGAUUUCCUGUACUUUAAAGUUCAAAUAUUAUUCACUAAAAGAACAUUUUUUUCUAGAAAUUUUAGAUGUGACCUUGGAAGAGUUAAACAGUUAAACAGGGCUAAAAUUUAAUUGGUCACUAUAGGGGUUCAGGGUUUACAUUUCAAAGCUUCUUCAGGCUUUUCUAAAUGUCUCAUAACGGUGUGAUGCUGUAAGUUUUGAAGCCUGGAAGAUUUUCAGAUUAUCUUCUUAUUCAACUUGUUUUUGAUUUUUGUAGUUUUUUUAUACCGAUUUCUAGGUGAAAAGCAAAUUUAUCUAAUAUUUUCUGAGAUGCCUGGUUCUUUGAUUGAAUACUUGAAACAGCUUUUUCCUUGAAAUUUUAUUAAAAGAAACAUUUUUCUUGAAAAAAAUUCAUUUUUUUCAUUUAUAAUACGACCUUUAAUUUUUUUAAUUAUUCUUGUUUUUCUCCUUUUUUUGGCAUUUCUUCCCUUAGUUCUAACCAAAUUUAAAUAUUUACAAAUCGAAUCGAAGUUUGAAACAGCGAAUUCUGAGAUCUUGUUGAAACUUUUUUUAUUACUUAAUAUUUUAUUUUGACCUCGAGUUUUGAUUUCUUUCCAUCUUCAUUAUCCUAUCGUUCAUAUCAUACAUAAUUCUGACUCUAAGCCAUCAUUUCUUCCCAUAAUUCUCACCGAAGCCGAAAAUUUGCAGGUCGAACCGAACCGUGGGGCGAGACUCCCUCAAACGCGACCUCGGUCAACCUCUCGACUUGCCUCUCGACAAAUCCGGAAGACGGCUCCCGGAGGCUGAGUCUCGACCGCCACAACAGCAUUCUGCGGAGCGAUUCGGGCAACAACGAGCCGAGGAAGAAGAAAAUCUCGCGGGUAUCCUACAAGGACGACGACGUCGUCAUGUUGCCCUCGCGGAUGGAAGACCUCGAGAAUGACGUCAUCUACAGUAUAGAAGAGGAGCAUGAAGACUAG